AUGGACGACGGCAGAGGAUGGAUCAGCUCGCCGAUUGAAAACAAGGAUGACAAGCUAAGCAUGAGCGCAUCUGAUGUAUACAGGGAGCUGCCGUACCAUCUGCCGCGGCGUGUAUCCCAAGAUGGUGUGCCGCUGGUGCUAGCGUCGUUCGACGACUCCGCUGUGGCCCUGUCACCAGCGAACGAAGAUGACGAGACACAACUACAGGUCAGCACGGACAGCGGAUGGGACAAGACGCAGAAACUCGAGUCUGUGGAGCCACCUCGAGUGGACGAGGUGUCGGACACGGAAACCCACAUCUUUAGCGACGACGACGACGACAUGGAACUCACGCAGAUCAUUGCCGACGACGACAUCGAUGAUGACACUGAGGCUCCACGCGAAGCGCAGCUAUGUCGUCCUCCGCGUGUUGGUGAUGCCGAGGAUGUUGGACGAGGCGAAGCCACGAUGCGGCUCUUGUCUCCGCCUCCCUCAGCGCCAUUCAAACGAACCGCCGUACAUAGCGAAAGCGUUCACACCUACGAACCCACCCAACGACUCAUGGAGCCGCCAUCUGCUUCAAAUGAAACAGGUGCAUCCGCUGCCCCGAACAACCAAGACCCCCACAGCAGCACCAGCAUCGCAUCGUCCACGACCACGAUGGCCCAUGAUGCAUCUGCAGGCGAUGUCGACCACGAAUCGUCGAGUGUUGUCCACCACCAAUUUCUUCAGCAUGGCGCGUCCGAGCCAUGCGACACGGUCACUUCUGAAACCCGGCAGUCCCCACGUAGCUAUGCUAUGGUUAUUGGUGCGCAGCCAAACGACAAUCAACCACAACCAGCGGGUAUCGAGUGCCCCAUCGAGACUCCUCCAAGCAGCAGCAGCAUCUCGAGCUCCACCGCGGCGGGCGAGGCGUCCGCCCCAGAGUCCGACGAGUCGAUGUCCACCGCCGUCGACGACCCGCCACUGCCGCCACCCGUGUACUUGCAACGACGGAUGAAAGAUGCAGAUACUCCUCUCAUACAUUCUAGCCGACCACCACCAGUCGUGGCCUCAACCUUUGACUUUGACAACAACGAUUCGGCAUCGCAAACAAGUCGACCAUUUGCCUUCUUGGACCAGUCCCAAUCCCAGCAAGACACGCAAGCCAGCCUUCCCGACUUGAACGGAUUGGCUGCCACUACACUCGACGCUGCGAUGCAUGUGCAGGGGUAUACCAGUCACUUGACCCGCCAAAUCAUGGAUGACAACAAGAAUGUGUUUGUGACGCCACCGAAACCCCCCAGACGAUUGAGAUCGUCCACGAUGAUAUCAACGCCAACUACUACUACUUCGUCGUCCCCGCCUACUUGUUCUCGCCGCCUGAAGAAGCGCAAGAUGCCAACGCCCGAUCAGCCGUCGCCCGUGCCGCCGCGCUCGGCGUACGCCACGCGAGUCAAAUGCUUUGCCGACGUCCAUUUCUACCUCAGCGGGUUCAAAGAAGUUGCGAGCGGCCAACUGGUCAGCCAAAUCACGUCGUACGGUGGCAAGAUCCUAAAAGAUAUUGCGCAAAUGAAAAAAGUCCAAGAUCGAUGCUAUGUGGUGGCCACGGCGGAAGCCAGUCGACGACCCAAGACACUGUACGCCAUGGCCUGUGGGAUUCCCAUCGUGCAUCCCGACUGGCUUGCCGCAUGCUUUCAAUCUCGCGUCCUUGUCGACGUUACGGGGUACUGGAUUCCAUCUGGGUUUUCGUGGAUCACUCGACGCAGCCUGGUUCAUAUUCCGCAACAUCAACACACCUUGUUUACAGGCUUGCGCUUUGGCAUCCCGAACGACGUUCCUAAUAAGCAACGCAAAGAGUACCAGCGGUCGAUUGCAAAUGUGAUGAAGUUUCCCCUCGAGCACUGCGGCGCCGUGUCUGUGAAAAUGAAUGUCACACGAAAAGCGAUCGAGGAAGGCUCAGUGGAUGUGUUGUUAACCAACGAAUUCACCCCGCUUUGUACGUUGGCCCAAGAGUAUGACAUUCCCGUCGUGCGGUUUCUAUGGGUGAAUGAAUGCCUUAUCCAUCAGAAACUGGUCGACACGAGCGAGCCAAAUUUGGUGCCUGACGAGUACGACGACCGCAACGGCACGUUGAACUCUCGCGUGAUGGAAGUGAUUUUGCCCACGGCAUCAAAGCUACGCCUGUGCCUGGGGGAGAUGGUGUUUGUGGAUUUGGAUAACCGGCCCCACGAUUUACUCUAUCACAUUUGCCAAGUGGUGCGUCUGGACGAAGCCGACGACGGCGCCGUGUCCAUUCAAGUCCAAGUGUAUCGACGAAAUGUGCAAGGUGGACGGCAACGAGGCCAGGAACUGACGCCGACGCGGCAACUGGUCAAGAUUCAGCCGACCCAGGUGAAGCGCAAGGCGUCGCUCGUGGCGUUCGAAGAUUUCACCCGACUCGCAUAUAACGACAGCAGUCUGUUUUACAUGCGCAAUGACAGCUAA